CUUGAAGAAUCGAUUCCUGAUUUUUUUUGGGAUUCUCUUAAAUUUGGGUUGGUAAAAAAAUAUGAGAUUGAUUCCUUCUAAUUUGAUUCAUCUUCUUCGACUAAAAUCAUGGCAAAAGAAAGAAAAUUAUCAGAGCUGGACAAUUAUUCUGUGGGCUCACUGUUCACUUUCUCUCUCAAGAACAAAGUUGUAGAUCUAGUUUUUAUUUUGCGUGAGUCCAAAACUUGUGGGUUGUUCUCUCCUUCUCUUCAACCUCCUCAGUCGCCGAUCUUCAACAGUGGGUGUGAAACAACAAUAGAGCGAGAUACAAUGGCGAUGAGCUUGAUGAACAGAGCAAUCUCAAGAACCGAAACCGUCGGUGCUUUCAGACUCUCGUUUAAUCUCCUUAGGAAUUUCUCUGCGUCGCCGGCGGCAUCUCCUCCAUCGAGUGAAAACCCUAGCUCCGAUGCGAAUAAACCUAAAAGAAGAAAGAAGAAGAACUUAAUCGAAGUCGCUCAGUUAUUACCUAACUGGGGAAUCGGGUACCAUAUGGCUAAAGCUGACUGGAACAGAAUCUCUUAUGAAAUCAGUAAGAUCAAUCUCUACCAGUAUGGUAGACAUGGAAAAGCUUGGGGGAUUGUUCACAAAGAUGGUAAAAUAUCUUGGGGAGGAUGGGCCAAAUACACCUCUUAUUGGAGCUACUACUGUGUGCUCUCCUUGGGAUCUUUUGAACUUCUCAGGACUUUCCCACCUCAACAUCAAGAUGCAAAGAGCAAAGUAGUGUGCACAGAUUAGCUUUGCUUGUAUGAGACAUGCUCAGGGGAUUCACAAUGUUGAUGGGGAAAAGAACUAUAAGGCCUACAUGUCUCAUGAGUACUUCGAUGCAGAGUUGACCCAACUUGGCUGGAAACAGGUAGAUGGUUUGUGUAAGCAUAUUCAUUCCAGUGGACUUCACAAGAAGAUUGAACUGGUCAGAUCGUCUCCACUGAUGAGGUGUAUUUGUGAUUACAGAGGUCUUCUGCUAAUUUGUCUACUUGGUUAGGAAGGCUAACAGAGUUAUUGGUUGCCAGUGUGUUCUUAGACUAACAGAUUGUGCUUCCAUUUAUUUGUGUCAUUAUAUUAUAAAAUGAAAUUUGAGCAGAAAACUUUAUUUACAUUAACAUUUGAAGAUUUUAAAAUUGUUAACGAUGUUAUGUUUUGUAUGUAGAACAUUGUAAACUGCUGUUGGUGUUUUUGGUGGAGAGGGAUACACAUAUAUGAGUGAUGUACUACCUCUAAUGGUAGCAAAUGCAGGAAACAACAUCCGUGCAGCUAUAUCGAGUUUAAAUUGCCCACCAAUUAUUACAGAGGAGUCCUGCAGAGAACAUUUGGUAUGCUUUUUUUCUACAGAGAACCCCAAUUAUUACAGAGGAGUCCUACAGAGGAGUCAUGCCUAGUUUAUCCAACCACAAUUGGCCUUCCUUAGUGUCACCUCUGCACAACUUCACAAUACCGUAAAGGUAAAUACCGUUUGCAUAAUUACCUUAUGCUGCCUUUUUCAAGUGUUAACCCUUCUUCUGUGUUGUUGUUGUGAAACUACUCCUGGAUUCUUUUGAUGUAAUGUGCCUCCACAUUUUCACUUGCAAUACAUUUUUCCAUUAAAUCUUGGUACUUUCUUAUUGCU